AAACCUCAUAGUGACUGUCAUGUUCCAGAUCCCUCGGAGUCUAGGUCUAUGGAGAUGCAGGACUUAAACAGCCCUCAGAAUGCUGUUACCACAGGAGACAACACCAGCACCAAACUGGACAAACCCAACCUGACCAACAGCAUCUCAACCAAUGGAACAGGAGGAGAGACCAUGACUAUUCUAAAUACAGCUGAUUGGCUGCUAGGCUGCAGCACCCCACCCACUGCCCCAAGUACGAAAGGCCAUGUUAAGACAGAGCCUCUGAACAGCAGUGAGACAGUCAGCACUACAGGAGACACAGGACUGGACACUUACACGGGGUCAGUUAUUACCAGCAGUGGAUACAGCCCCCGGCCAGCACACCAGUACUCACCACCUCUCUACCCAACCAAACCGUACCCCCACAUCCUGUCCACGCCAACAGCUCCGGCCAUGUCUGCAUACACUGGCCAAUCACAGUUCAGCAGCAUGCAGCAAUCCAGCGUUUAUACAUCAUAUUCUCAGACAGCACAGCCGUAUGGCCUCUCAACCUACGAUUUGGGAGUGAUGUUACCUGGUAUAAAGACAGAGGGGGGACUAUCUCAGACACAGUCAACUCUCCAGUCAGGGCUUAGCUACAGCCCAGGAUUCACCACCCCACAACCCGGACAGACAGCUUACUCACCCUAUCAGAUGCCAGGGUCAAGUUUUACAUCUUCUCCUGGUCUCUACACCUCCAACAACUCUGUGUCCAACCCAGCUAACUUCACUACACAGCAGGAAUAUUCCUCGUAUGCAGCAUUUGGCCAGAACCAGUAUGCUCAGUAUUACUCUGCCUCUUCCUAUGGCUCAUACAUGACAGCUAACAGCUCACUGGACAGCACAGGUUCUGCCUCCACCUAUCAGCUGCAAGACACUAAUCCAAUCAUUACUGGGCAGGCAGCUGAGCUCCACCCAGGUGAGUUCGAGGCAGUACAAAGACCAGCCACGCCCAUUAAGGAGCUGGAUGACCGGGGUUGCCGUGGGGGUGGGUCUAAAGCCAGAGGCCGUGGGAGAAAGAACAACCCAUCACCCCCACCAGACAGCGACUUAGAGAGGGUGUUUGUGUGGGACCUGGAUGAGACGAUAAUUGUUUUCCACUCCCUCCUCACGGGCUCCUACGCACAGAAAUAUGGCAAGGACCCUCCAAUGGCUGUGACCUUGGGUUUGAGGAUGGAGGAGAUGAUCUUUAAUCUGGCAGACACGCAUUUAUUUUUCAAUGACUUAGAGGAAUGUGAUCAGGUUCACAUCGAUGACGUCUCAUCGGAUGACAACGGCCAGGACCUCAGUACAUACAGUUUUGCUACUGACGGUUUCCAUGCAGCUGCCACAAGUGCCAGCCUCUGCUUAGCAACGGGUGUUAGGGGCGGAGUCGACUGGAUGAGAAAGUUGGCUUUCCGUUACCGCAGAGUAAAAGAGUUGUAUAGCACAUACAAAAACAAUGUUGGAGGACUUUUGGGGCCAGCUAAGAGGGAGGCGUGGCUACAGCUGAGGGCGGAGGUUGAGGCCCUCACAGACUCCUGGCUUACUAAUGCUCUCAAGUCUCUGUCAAUCAUCAGCUCUAGGAGUAACUGUGUCAAUGUCUUAGUGACAACAACGCAGUUAAUCCCAGCUCUCGCUAAGGUUCUGCUGUACAGCCUGGGCGCAGUCUUUCCCAUCGAGAACAUCUACAGCGCAACCAAAAUAGGCAAAGAGAGUUGCUUUGAACGCGUUAUGCAAAGGUUUGGCAGGAAGGUAGUGUAUGUUGUUAUUGGGGAUGGUGUGGAAGAGGAACAGGCCGCAGCCAAGCACAACAUGCCAUUCUGGAGGAUAUCCAGUCACUCAGACCUGCUUGCCCUCCACCAAGCACUGGAAUUCGAGUACCUGUAA